ACCUGUACCGAUCCUGGACCUUACAGCCCGGGAGCAUAGCAGCCCGUAGCAGUCCCAGCGUGUCCCUCCCAGCCAAGAGACACACUGAAGGGCUGUCGCGGGCGAGGCACAGGCCAACGCGACUAGAAAUCAGGCUGACUGGCUUCUCCGGACCAGCCCCACGGCAGGGCAUGAUGUCAUGGGAGCUGCCACUCAGCGAGAUGAAAGGGAUGCGGCGCAGCAGCGCUGGCACUAGGCAGCCCAGCUGGGGCACCGCGAGAGAGAGCUGCAGAUCCAGCCGCUCAGCCGAGGCCAGGGAAGCCUGCUUUCCAGAGCUGGGGCAGAACAACGUGGCCCACGUUUAACAAAAGAACCAGACGGUAGCGAACUUUCUAGAUCUGCGUGCUUAGUGAGUAAGCUCAGCCUUGCCUUUGAUGCGCAGCAACUGAUCGGCGAUCAGAUUACAGGCACUCCAUCUCCUAGUCCGCCUGCCUUUGAUCUGCGCGGGUAAUCCAUUUUCCUGGAUUUGAAGUUUGUCUGGGCUUGCGCCCACACACAUUUUUGGGAAGGUAAAAGCGUUUGGCGCGGAAGUGCUACCAAGCUGCGGAAAGCGUGAGUCCCGGAGCACAGCACUGGCGAGUAGCAGGGAUAAACACAUCUGGUGAGAGCCAUGGCGCUCAAGGUCCUACUGGUACACAGGAUGAUGGUCUUCACUGCCAUUCUCCUCCUAGUCCACUUGUCCUGUAAAGUGAAUUGUGAAACCGGAGAUUGCAGACAGCAAGAAUUCAUGGAUCGAUCUGGAAACUGUGUCCUCUGCAAACAGUGUGGACCUGGCAUGGAGUUGUCCAAGGAAUGUGGCUUCGGCUAUGGGGAGGAUGCACAGUGUGUGCCCUGCAGGCCGCACAGGUUCAAGGAAGGCUGGGGCUUCCAGAAGUGUAAGCCGUGUGUGGACUGUGCGCUUGUGAACCGCUUUCAGAGGGCCAACUGCUCACAUACCAGUGACGCUGUCUGCGGGGACUGCUUACCAGGAUUUUACCGGAAGACCAAACUGGUUGGUUUUCAAGACAUGGAGUGUGUGCCCUGCGGAGACCCACCUCCUCCCUACGAACCACACUGUACCAGCAAGGUGAACCUUGUGAAGAUCUCAUCCACUGUCUCCAGCCCCCGGGACACGGCGCUGGCUGCUGUCAUCUGCAGUGCUCUGGCCACGGUGCUACUCGCCCUGCUCAUCCUGUGUGUCAUCUACUGCAAGAGGCAGUUCAUGGAGAAGAAACCCGGCUGGUCUCUGCGGUCACAGGAUAUUCAGUACAAUGGCUCUGAGCUGUCAUGCUUUGACCAGCCUCGGCUCCGCCACUGUGCCCACAGAGCAUGCUGUCAAUAUCAUCGGGACUCAGCCCCAACAUAUGGGCCUAUUCAUCUGAUUCCAUCCUUGUGCUGUGAGGAGGCGCGCAGCUCUGCGCGAGCUGCGCUUGGCUGCGGGCUGCAUUCUACCGCUACCCUUCAGGAGAGAAACGUGGCUUCUGUGGGGGACACGAUGCCAGCCUUCUUCGGGUCUGUUUCCCGUUCCAUCUGCGCUGAGUUUUCGGAUGCCUGGCCUCUGAUGCAGAAUCCUCUGGGUGGUGACAGCUCUCUCUGUGACUCUUAUCCUGAACUCACUGGAGAAGAUAUCAAUUCUCUCAAUCCCGAAAACGAAAGUUCAACAUCUCUGGAUUCCAAUGGUGGCCAGGAUCUGGCUGGGACAGCUGCUCCAGAUUCUCCUGGAAAUAUGUCAGAAUCUACUGACUCACCUAGAUAUGGUGAUACUGAUACAGUCUGGGAGCAGACUCUAGUUCAGGAUGCUCAAAGGACUCCAAGCCGAGGAGGCUGGGAAGGCAGGGAGAACCUGAAUCUAGCCACGCCUACAGCCUUCCAGGAUGCCUGAAGGCCAUCUUCCUGACCUGGAGGUGUGGGUAGGGACACGCCUGUGGUGAGGCUUACAGACUGAGCAGUCUUGACCUUCUAUGGAAGGAAAAAUAAACCUGAACCAAGCCGGCAGCAUUUCCAUCCUUUCAGCCGGCAGCAUUUCCAUCCUUUCAGCCACUUGCCUCUGAGCCAGACCAGCUGUAAGCUGAAACCCCAGCAAGAAACAAGGAGAGACUGUAGGCGGCCUCGAGACCUGCGCUUCUUCCUAAACAAGAACCUUAGCUGGGGCCAAUUUGAAGGACCCAUGGGUGGAAUGUGCUGCCUGCGAGAUUGUGGGCACGGCAGAACCCAGCCUGGCUCCUUCUUACGUUCAUGGUGAAUGUGGUUUCACAAGACCCAGAGUAUAAACUUUCAUAGACAUUCUCUUUUAGAAAUAAUCCAUUACCCUGUGAAAAAGCCUUUAGCAGAUGACUUUGAUUUUUAGGCAGAGCUCUCGGUGUUUUUGUUGAAGAAAGGCACUUUCUAAUCAGCAGAUUGGUAUACUUCAGUGGUUUGAAGGGGCUUUGUAGCCCUGCCUGAACUGUAGUUUGGUGAAGUUGACUGGCCUAUCCCUUACGAGCAGUUCCUUUGGCCUCUUCCCCAACAAUGUACAACAGCAUUGACCGGAGAGGAAGUCUUGGUUAUUGAAAGUGGCUGUGAAUGUGGUUAAGAAUAUAGCAGGUCGGGAGGUGGAGAGAUAGAAGAGCAGAGGGCAUCACUGUAAAGUUAAAACCACCUACUAUGCAUAUCCUGAAGCCUGGCUGUGAACAUGGUCACUAUGAAUGCCUGUAUUAGUGCUGCCCUGUGCUAAAUUUCCAAGGUCCAGAUUUCUUAUAUAGAAAGGAGGAAGGAGAUAUUUAUGAGUCUAGUAAUCUGUGAUUUACACCAGAGCUUAUACAAAAGGCUUCAGCACACCGAGCACCCUUCUGAAGAGUCCUUCAGUGAGAACGCACUGCACAUUAGAACCAGACAUGGAAGAGCAUGGUUGGCCCAGUCUGGGAGAACCGAAUCCCUGCUGCCAUCUAGUCUAACCAAGGCUUUGUAAUACAGCAUUCUGAUGUGGGAUGCUGUAUAAGGUAUUCCCUCUUCUUCCAUGAUGGCAUUUACCUUCCAGAACAAUCUCUAAGGCUAAGGAAGAACUAGGGCUCAUUUUCUCUCAUCCUUUGCCCUACGGCUUCAUUGAGCAAGAUAUCCUUGGUUUCCAAUUUGAACUUACAUGAGUAGAUCUGACCUCAGCCUUUCAACCCUCUGCUGUUGCUCUGUUCCAUUCACACUUUAAAAGGAGCCUGAUCUGUGAGCAUCAGUGUAAGAGAAUUCACUAGCCUGUUUGUUCUGAAGCUGCCCUGCUUAAAUCGAGCUCUUUUACUGAACUCUAACACCAAACAUCGAGAUGCUAUCUUCCUAUGCUUGGUUUUUUUUUUUUUUAAUCUUCUGUUUACCCCGAUGGUUUUCUCUUCCUGUAGCCUCUCUCUAUUCCUAAUUAUAGCUUUUUGAUGUGUGUCUUCUGGCCUGUCUAUAUCUAUUGCUUCUCAUGCGGUCUGUUCUUUUACCAGAUGUAGGAGGAACACUAUCAUAGAGCAUCCCGUGGUAGCCUACAUCUGCUUGUAUGUCCCCAUGGUGUCCAGACAUAACCUAUUGACAUUUUUGUUUGUGUGUCCCCAACCGUUAUUAUGAGAACUGACUUUAGGGAUGUCGUAAAGUAUUUAGGAUUUAAGCAGCAGACGUCCAUGAGGAUGCAAGCUGAGCUCCCCUGAGUGGCCUCCACAUGCACAUGUGUGUGUCAUUGCUUGCAACCCAAUCAUCUCUGUUAUGACAGGGAUGAUCAAAGCCAGCAGGGUUGUGUUCCUUUGUGUAACCUGAAGAUAUUUUCCACAUGCCGAGCCCUGAUGGACUUCAAAGACAGACACAGCUGGGGAAAGCCAGUCUGACGGAAGGGAGACUCUGGCCCAAAAUCCUGAAACAUCACUUUUAAUCAGAAGAGAAAUCCUGAGGGUUAAAAAUUGAUUUCAUUUGAUACUGCACUUGGAAGAUCUUGGAUUAGCAUAAGAAAGGAGACAUCCUCCCACCAGACACUCUAGAGACAUGCAAUGUUGUUUUACAUUUCACAUUCUUUGCAAACAAGAGGGAAAAACUACAACCUGCACUUCACAUUAUUGGAACAUCUUACAAGGCUGUUUACAUAAGAACUGGUGUUCUGAUGUCAGACACUGGUAUAGAGAGGCAUCUGAGAUGUAGAGGGCACCAGCGCCACCUUUCACAUUGCAGAAGCCAGGACAAGGACUUUUGAAUCAGUCAGGUCAAGUCAUGUGUUUUCUAUUUUGAAUAUAUGGAAUAUAUUUUGAAUGGUGGUAUUUUCUACUUUGAAGAGUUACUGCUGCUGUUAGUGUAAGUGCUGCUGUCUGUGUUAGAAGAAAAAGAACAGAAAAGGAAAGAGAAACAAUCAUGGCUCUUAAGAUAGUUUGUUUCAGCUUAGAUUUCAUCACAACUGUUUUACAUACUGGAAUUUAUCAAUUGUAAAGUUAUCGCUUUCCAAUAUAAACCUUUUUUAGUGCUUUUUUAAAAUUUUGAAUAAAAUUGAUACUUGUUAUUCUUA